ACCCUUGGUUCCACAGCUCUCCGGAACGCCCGCCCCGAGUCCCGGGAAGAGGCGCUCCACUGCGCGCGCGAUCCCACCCUGUGCUCCCGCGUGACCCGACGUGCCGGGCGCGCACGCAGAGGCCCCGCCCGCAGAGGCCCCGCCCGCGGCGUCGGAGGCCGAGGGGCUUCGCCAGCUCGGGGAGAGGGAAGGGGCGUGGCUUCCCGGCUGGGCGGGCGGCCGCGCCGCAGUCCCGCCCCCAUCGGCAGCUGCCUCCGCGCGCCAAAAUCAAACCCCAGGACCCGGCGGCUGGAGAACCUGCUGCAGGCGGGAGCUCAGCUUGCGUGUCAGGUCACGUUCGGCAGUGGUGUGAGCAUCAGCGCGCGCACCUGUGGCCACUUCCCAGACCUCCCUGCUGGAUGCGCUCCGGGCCGCCACAGGACCAGAAUGGCCACCCCACCGAAGAGGAGCUGCCCAUCUCCCGCGACUGGCUCUGAGGGGACCCGCAUCAAGAAAAUUGCCAUCGAAGGGAACAUCGCUUCAGGGAAGACAACAUUUGUGAAUAUCCUAAAACAGGUCUGCGAGGAUUGGGAAGUGGUUCCUGAACCUGUUGCCAGGUGGUGCAAUGUUCAAAGUGCUCAAGGUGACUGUGAGGAACUGACAACAUCUCAGGAAAGUGGUGGAAAUGUUCUUCAGAUGAUGUACGAGAAACCUGAACGGUGGUCUUUUACCUUCCAGUCAUAUGCCUGCCUCAGUCGAAUACGAGCCCAGCUUGCCUGUCUUGAUGGCAAGCUCAAAGAUGCAGAGAAACCUGUAUUAUUUUUUGAACGAUCUAUAUAUAGUGACAGGUAUGUCUUUGCAUCUAAUUUGUAUGAAUCUGACUGCAUGAAUGAAACAGAGUGGACAAUUUAUCAAGACUGGCAUGACUGGAUGAAUCAACAGUUUGGCCAAAGCCUUGAACUGGAUGGAAUCAUUUAUCUUCGAGCCACUCCAGAGAAAUGCUUGAAUAGAAUAUAUUUACGAGGAAGAAAUGAAGAACAAGGCAUUCCUCUUGAAUAUUUAGAGAAGCUUCACUAUAAGCAUGAGAGCUGGCUACUGCAUAGAACACUGAAAACCAACUUUGAUUUUCUACAAGAAAUCCCUAUUUUAACACUGGAUAUUAAUGAAGACUUUAAAGACAAACACGACGGUCUGAUUGAAAAGGUCAAAGAAUUUUUGAGCACUUUGUGAUUUUGCUGAAGACUACAGGCAACCAAAUGAUUCCAGCUUUGUGUAUCUUCGUAGCUCAAUAUUGAUACAAGUCUCUAGAAACACAGGUUUUUUACCAUUUUUGUUCCAAGAAAAAAAUUGUUUUGAUGAAUUCUAUAUAAAAGUUUAUGAGCAGUUUCUUUUCUUUUUUGC